AUGGCGACCAUGCAAGAAUACAGACUCUCAGAGUUCACUGGUAUCCAUGCGCUGGAAAUGAAGGAGGUGCCGACGCCCAUUCCUGGUCCUUUGCAGGUUUUGGUCGAGGUCUAUGCCGUUUCUCUCCAGCAACGAGACCUUGUAGUCGCUAAUGGCCAAUACCCUGUCCCUCUCUCCCCGAACAUUACUCCUUGCUCCGACAUGUCGGGACAAAUCAUAGCGCUCGGCUCUCCUCCGGAAUCUCUCCCUCCGUUCUUCAACCUCCACGUCGGAGAUCGUAUUUGCGCCAAUUUCGCCAUACCUGGAUUCGUGUUCGGAGAUCUAGGGGCGCAUGUUGAUGGUGUGUUGAAGGAGUACGUUGUUUUUGAAGCUGACCCAGAUCGCUUGAUACGGAUCCCGGAGUGGAUGUCGUAUGAAGAGGCUUGCACUCUUCCAUGCGCAGGCCUAACGGCCUAUAGCGCGCUCCACGGUCCUGUCCCGUUCAAGAAAGGCCAGAGUAUAGUGAUCCAAGGGACGAGUGGUGUUUCAAUUUUCGUCGCCCAAUUCGCCCGCGCCCUCGGUGCCUCCCGUAUCUUCCUCACGUCAUCCUCCACGUCCAAACUACGGACAGCAGUGUCCCUUGUGGACGGCUUUUCUGAAGCUAGCAACGUGACGGACCACAAUGGUGGUACAGAAGUAACCGGGAUCAACUAUGUUGCCGAGCCGGAGUGGGAUAAGAAGGUAUUGGAGAUGACGGGUGGGGAGGGGGUCGAUGUUGUAGUUGAUAUAGGAGGAGCGUCGACGAUCAUGAAGUCUAUAGCUGCGGUGAAGUUUGGAGGAUGGAUUCAGAUGGUUGGUGUCAUCGGGCACGAACCGGCGGAUCUAGCCUCCCUCCCACUCAUGGCGAUCGCGAAGAAUGUGUGUUUGAGAGGGGUGGUUAUGGGCGGUGCGGAGAACUUUCGCUCCAUGGCCGCCUGGCUCUCCGAAUCACCUGUCAGAGUCCACCCAUGUAUCGAUAAGAUCUUCGCCUUUGAGGAUGCGAAGGAGGCGUAUGAAUAUUUGGCAGGGAGGGGACAUGUGGGGAAGGUCGUUGUCAAGGUGGCGGCUGGGGAUGACUAG